CAAAAAAGAAAAACAACCACCAGAAAAGAAGCAAAAAAGAGAGAGGAGAGAGAGUGCGUCCGCUCCUCGGGGUCUUGAUUGACUCUUGAGCUACUCUACUCCCCAAAAAGCAGGGCAAAGGACUCCCCUCUCUGGUGCGGUGGUGCCAGAGAGAGACUGGAGAACUGGAGGAAAGUGAAGCGGAAGGGAGGAGUAGCGGCGAGAGGAAGGCGAAGGGGGCCAUGGCGAGGAAGCAUGGUUGGCAGCUCCCCGCGCACACGCUCCAGGUUGUCGCAAUUACGGUUUUCUUGCUUCUGGUGGUUGCAUUUUAUGCGUUCUUUGCACCAUUUCUAGGGAAGCAAGUCCUAGAAUAUGUUGCAAUUGGCACCUAUACUUUCGUGGCAUUCGCUGUUUUCAUCCUUUAUAUCCGGUGCACUAGCAUAAACCCUGCAGAUCCUGGGAUCAUGUCACAGUUUGAGGAUGGCUUCAUUGAUGCACCUGGAAGUACUGCUGACAUACAGGGCAAGGGCACAAAUUUGCCAGAAAAAACUGAUACUGCUGCUGGAACAAACUCCCCAACUUGUAGGAGCUCUCUAGAUGGCUGUUCUAAUCGUGGUGGUUUAGCUGCUGGAGACGCAAAUAUAGAUCUAAGGUCCCAACCACCAAGAAAUUCAAGGAGCUGCUUACUUGGAGGGCUUGUUUGUGCUUUGUUUAUCAAGGAGGAUUGUAGGAAAUUUGAUGAUUCAGAGAAUCAGGUGGACGGUGAAGAUGCCUUGUUUUGCACAUUAUGUAAUGCUGAGGUUCGCAAAUUCAGUAAACAUUGCAGAAGCUGUGACAAGUGUGUGGACGGAUUUGAUCAUCACUGUCGGUGGUUAAAUAACUGUGUUGGACGAAAGAACUAUUUCACUUUUCUCGCUCUGAUGACUACCAGUCUCCUAUGGCUUGCUAUUGAAAUUGGAGUAGGCAUUGCUGUUCUUGUCAUAUGCUUCAUCAACAAGAAUUCAGAGAGAAUUAUUCAAGACAAGCUUGGGAAUGGCUUACCUCGUCCUGCCUUUGCUACCAUUGUAGCCUUUUUCACUCUUCUUUCUCUAGUUGCUUGUGUACCUUUAGGAGAGCUUUUCUUCUUCCACAUGAUCUUGAUCAGAAAGGGGAUCACAACUUAUGAAUAUGUUGUUGCAAUGAGAGCUAUGAGUGAAGCACCUCAAGAGGAAGAAGACCAGGAGGAGGUAAACAUUGUUUACUCCCCAACAAAUUCAGCCACUACCGGGUUCAGUGGUGCUAGUUCACUUGGUCUUCACUACAAGGGUUCAUGGUGCACACCUCCAAGGAUUUUUGUUGAUCAGGAUGAGGUGAUCCCACAUUUGGAGCCAGGCAUGGUACCAUCAACCGUCGACCCUGAUGCUGUUGGACACGCUGAAAGAGCAAACAAAGCCAAGAAGCAAGUCAAAAUCAGUGCCUGGAAGCUUGCAAAGCUGGACAGCAAUGAGGCAAUGAAAGCUGCAGCGAAAGCUCGAGCAUCAUCCUCUGUCCUCAGACAUAUAGAUACCCGCAGAGGUCCAGGGUCUAGCCUUAGCUCUAGCGGCAAUGCUAGCAUGAGAAGCAGCAUGAGUGCUGAUUACAGUGGGAGUGCCACAAAGGAAAAAUGGGCUGAUAUAAAGCUGUCGUCUCUUCAUAGCUCCUCGUAUCCUCAGAGCCUCGCAAGCCAGGACGACUAUGAAUCAGGCACGCAGAGUGCUAGCAGCAUAAGCAGCCCAGUCCGCACACACAAGCCUGCGCCUCACACUCAGAUUAGUGUUCCACCUCGUGCGCCCCCACCACCUUCAAGGCCUGCACCAAUGGUACCGAGGCCGCCACCUGUUCCAACCACACAGAUAUCCAACCCUGUGUUCCAGUCAGCAACAUCUUAUGUCCGGGAGAACAGAAAAGCAUCAGUUGUUUGGGAUCAAGAGGCCGGCCGGUACGUUUCGGUGGCACCCGCACCCACAAGACCAGGAGCUGCUGGUGGUGAUCAAGCAGCAAGAGCACCUCGGUUCUUGGCAAACCCAGGUGGUGAGCUAAGCAAUCGCGGGAGAAAUCUCGCGCCCGUGAAUGCCUCUUCCCCAGCAUUGCCAUCGGGACAGCCGUCUGAGAGGUUGGCAUACACUGGGCAGUCGAUAUUCUUUGGCGGACCGCUUCUUGGUGCUGCUGCUGCUGCUGGCACUCGGAGGAGUGAUGACGCGGGUGCAAGAGCACGACCCGAGGAAAGGAGGGAGCUCACUGCCCACCAACAACCUGACACUGGGGGAGAGAGGAGGCGAACCGCAGAGUCCUUCCCGGUGUUUGCUCCACGAACGUUUCAGAAGAACCCACCACCGUUCAACAGGUGAGCUCAGGGUACUUGUUUGCUGAUAGAUCACUACCGACAAUGGGGGUAAGAUGAUCGCUGCAGGGUGACAUGGUAAGAGUUCUGAACAAUUGAUCACCAAAGAUUGCCAGCAGAGCAGCAUCUGUCGGAAAUCCAUCGGAAAGGGCCAACAGGGCUGAUCUUUACAGUGAAGCUUGACUGGAAUGAAAACUGGAAGCAUGACAGUUAGAAGAACCGAUCGGUUGUGAUGUAAAUUCUUUGCUCGUUAAUUACGGGUAGCAUUUUUUGUCCAACUUUCUAGUGCUUGAGUGCUCAGGACGAGGGUGUCUGAAAUCCAUACCAUUCCAAGAAAUCCUCACAGUUUAUAGAGAUUGCAAUACAUCUUAUACAAAGCUUUAUGGUU